CUAUGUGGUGGAAAAUACUGCGGAACGAAUGCUAAGUGCCAAGAUGAACAGUGCGUGUGUCUGCCCGGUUAUGUCGGUGAUGCCAAUGACGCCUGUGUGCCAGAAGAGCCCCUUCCAGAUAGUUGUGCGAGCAUUCAGUGCGGAUCGAACGCCUACUGCAAAGACGGUGCGUGCAUCUGCUUCCAGGGCUUCACCGGCGAUCCUUAUCUCGCCUGCCAGCCCAUUUAUGAUUCUUCGUGCAUUGGCGUGAGCUGCGGAGUCAACGCCUACUGUAUCCGCGGACGUUGUGCCUGUCCAGACAAUUACACUGGGGACCCUAAUUCCUACUGCUACAGCACCGCGCUGCCUCUUGUGGAUGAUUUGUGCACGAACCUGGCGUGUCAUGAGAACGCCACGUGUUCUGCUGGUAAGUGCCGAUGCAAUCAUGGCUUCGAAGGCGACGGCUUCAUUGACUGCUGGAGAAAAGAUCCAGGUUAG